UGUGACAACAAGGAGAGAGAACAAUGGCAUCAUUUUGCCUUAAAAAAGAGUGUAGCUAUGCUUUGGAGACGAACGCAUUUUAGGAGAGGAGCAUAGUGGAGGAUACAAGUCGGAGUGAAAGUUCACGGUCCUCUGUCACCCCUGCAUCUGGAGCUGACUUUUAAAGUGCCUUUUUUGAAUAGCGAAGAUGCCAAAAGGUUUUCUGGUAAAAAGAAAUAAGAAAACGACGCCGGUGUCUUACAGGAUCCGGUCUGAUGAAGAAAGUCAAGACGCAAGACAAGUCUCACAGUCUCAGACAGAUGCACAUUCAUCUGUAUCCCUCGCACCCAAUUCCGGACGGUUUGUAUCAGCAUCGCUAAUUAAUGGAGCAAAUACGCCAGUCUCAAGGCAGGAUGCAAAACCUAUUCAGUUUGGCAACCCAGAGGUUGUGUACCAAACGCUUUACAGCCCUACCCGUCCGGUUAGCAAGGAACAUGAGAAAAAAUAUUGUGAGGGACGCUUCAGACUUGGCUCUCCUGUCUCCGCUGAAUCCUUUCCGACACCCACAGUAGUGAGCACGUUAGAUCACCUUCUGUUCGCUCCAAUGGACUUGAAAAUCGGCAGCAGCAACAGCAACCGCAACGACACCACUAACAUCACCACCGGAAACCCUAUCAAAAGAAUGUCAUCUGACACUGAACGCAAGAGCAAGCCUGUAUCCAAGAAACCCAAAGCGAUCAGGAAGCUGCACUUUGAAGAUGAGGUCACCACUUCACCAGUACUUGGACUGAGAAUCAAAGAAGGACCGAUCGACCAAAAACCUAGGACGCAGUCAAACGUUGGAAACCAGCCUUUAGGAGAAUUUAUCUGUCAGCUCUGCAGGGAAGCUUAUGCCGAUCCAUUCUCCUUAGCCCAGCACAAGUGCUCCAGGAUAGUCAGGGUGGAGUAUAGAUGCCCCGAGUGUGACAAGGUGUUCAGCUGUCCCGCAAACCUGGCUUCCCACAGACGCUGGCACAAACCGAAACCUCUAAACGCAACCAAAUCCGACAUGUCUAAGGUCGCCUCUGAUGACAAAGCCUGCCCAGAAGAAGUCAAGGACAUGGCAGCUGAGAUAGGAAGUCACAGGGACACGCCCAGUCCCGGUUUGUCGGAAUCGGGGUCAGAAGAUGGUCUGUAUGAUUGUCACCACUGCCGGAAAAAGUUUAAGCGUCAAGCGUAUCUGAAGAAGCACCUUAUGGGUCACCAGCUGAAUAAAAUUAACGAGGACAACGCUGUCCAAGUUGCGGUGGAUGGGGAGAAGCCGAAAGAGGCUGCAUCUUCGGAGGACAGCCAAAGCCAAGCACCACUGAACCUGAGUUCCCAGGAGUGCUACCCGUGCCCAGUGUGUGGAGAGACACUGACCAGCAGGAUCGGCCAGGAAAAACACCUCCGUCUGCUGCAUCCGUCCCAGAUUUUCCCCUGCAAAUAUUGCCCGUCUACUUUCUAUAGCUCACCGGGGCUUACACGGCACAUCAACAAAUGCCACCCUUCGGAAAACAGGCAAGUGAUCAUUCUUCAAAUGCCCGUGCGCCCUGCUUGCUAGAAAAUGAGAAAAGAAGAAGAAAAAAGAUGAAAAGUAGUGCCUUUAACUUACAAAAAAAUGUCACGGGUUUUUUUUAAUUUUUUUGCCAGUAAGAACCCUUCUAAACACAUCAGAGUUCCCCUGGCUAUCGUAUACUUUUUUCAUUACAGCCACUCAGUGACUUUUUUCUGGUACAUUGGAUGGUUUAUUUUCAGAUUUCCGCGUAGCGUGUGAAAAAGUAAACGAUUAGGACCUCUAUAUUAUUAUAUACUAGCUUCUAGACCUAAGAAAGGGGUAUUUUAGGUGCCGCAUACCUGUUUUAUAAAACGAUUUUUAUUUCACAGGUUGUAAAUCACUUUAUUAGCUUUAUUAUAGCUUGUGGGUCAGUUGACAUUCAGUUGUAGAUUUGUCUGGAGGCAAAUCUCAUUGCAACGAUUUUUAAGCAUUCCCUUAUAGUGUAGCCAUAAAUGCCUUUGAUUAUAGUCGGUUUACAUAUUAGAAACUUUGCUUCAUAAUUGCCUUAAAAAGUUGAACUAUAAGUAAUGCUUGCAACUGAUUAUAUAUCGUUUAUUUUAGUAAGUUUAAUUUUUAUUAUUUAAAAGUAUUUCAAUAUAUGUAUUUUCACAAUGGAGGGUAUUUAUUUAUCAAUUGAUUUAUUUAUCCAGGUUGUGUUUGUAAGUUAUUCUGUGUUUAAUUUCGUGAGUAAUUAUAAUUAUUUGAUUUGCAAAUGUUGGUUUUGUCAUAUUUAUCAUUUUAUUUAUAUAUUUUAUGUAUAUAUGUUGUGGAUGAUGUUUAAAUGUCUACUGGAAACUAUAUACAUACACUAUUAUACGUACAUCUCUUAGACGCAAUCAUUUUCUAUAUACAAGUUAUUUUCGUAAACUUCAGCUUUUAUAGUGCUUCUUCAAUG